UGGUGGCACUGCAUGAUCCAAGAACAGAGAAUGAAGAAAAUGAGCAACAUCUAUGAAUCAGCUGCCAAUACCCUGGGAAUCUUUAGCAGCCCAUGCCUGACUAAAGUGGAGCUGCGAGUUGCAUGCAAAGGCAUAUCAGACCGGGAUGCCCUUUCCAAGCCAGAUCCUUGUGUCAUCCUCAAAAUGCAGUCACAUGGGCAGUGGUUUGAGGUUGACAGGACAGAAGUGAUUCGAACCUGUAUAAAUCCAAUCUUCUCCAAGUUAUUCACGGUGGACUUCUACUUUGAAGAGGUUCAGCGGCUACGGUUUGAAGUCCAUGACAUUAGCAGCAACCACAACGGCUUGAAAGAUGCAGAUUUUCUUGGUGGCAUGGAAUGCACUCUUGGACAAAUUGUUUCACAAAGGAAACUCUCCAAAUCCCUACUGAAACAUGGGAACACAGCAGGGAAAUCAUCCAUAACAGUGAUUGCCGAAGAAUUAUCCGGCAACGAUGACUAUGUUGAACUUUCAUUCAGUGCACGGAAAUUAGACGACAAGGAUUUUUUCAGCAAAUCUGAUCCAUUUCUUGAGAUUUUUCGGAUGAAUGAUGAUGCCACCCAGCAGCUUGUUCACAGGACUGAGGUUGUGAUGAAUAACUUAAAUCCAGCCUGGAAAGCAUUUAAAGUGUCUGUAAAUUCUCUGUGCAGUGGAGAUGAGGACCGCAGACUCAAGGUCAGAGGCCUGUCUGUACCAUGGAGUACUUUUCCUUCUAGAAAAAUCAAACUUUGCUUCCAGUUUUCAGUAAAAGAUUGCAACUUCCCAAUGUCUUCUCCUUUGACACUUGUGCUGGUCACACAG